AUGUUCCGAGUUGGUUCAUGGCUCUAUGGCAAGAAGCCUGCUGCCAAUGCCUCGACGCAGUCUCUCGACUCUUUAGUCGAGUUGCGGGAUCUUGAGGAUGCUAUGAGGGCUGCCACUUUGAUUCUCAAUGACGACGUCGAUGGCGCUGAAGCUGGUCUGGCAGAAGGAACCUCGUCCUUCCAUAAUCUUGGGAGAGGAGUGGUCGGUUUUAUUCGGGCGACCUUGGGAUUUGAACAGGAUAUCAUGCGCCAAGCAUCGGAGCGACUGAACGAAGCCGAGACUAGUGCAUCCGUCGACCAGCACAGAGCACAGCACAGCUCGCAUGCACCGAAUACCUACCACUCGCCGAUGUAUUCGCCAGGAACCGAGUUUGCAUUGUGCCAGGCAAUAGCACAACUCAUGGGCGCCAUAGUAGGGGUGCUGAAUGAAAGCCUCACAGAGAGUAUAAAAGCGUUCUAUCGACUCAGGAAAGCUUACAUCACUCUCGAUGCGAUUUUGAAGAUGGAACAGAAAUACAUGGAGGAAUUGCGCACUGCGACUCCGGUAGAAUCUACAACGUCUGGAUCGGUUCCGUCUCCCAAGCGGCACAGCUCUAGCAACCUUCAGUCCUCGCGCUCGUCAAUCUCCUCGGCCAAAGUCAAAGAAGCGGCCGCGGAUACACUUGCCGCACCUAGCAAAAAUGCCGAUGUAAAUGAAAGGUUGGCCGAUUUGAAUCUCGCCAGCGAAGCUCUCGUUGCGGAAGACCUUGGUCAAACCCCCACCCCGAUCAACGCCGGUAUCCUCGACCAUGACCCUGACUCCGACAUCUUCCAGAAUCAGAUCGAUGUCUUUGUGCAUUCUGGUUCCAAUUUCUGUUUUGGAGUCCUGCUGUUGCUGAUCUCAAUGGUGCCACCCUCUUUUAGCAAGCUGCUCAGUAUCAUUGGGUUCCACGGCGAUAAGGAAAGAGGGUUGAGAAUGUUGUGGCAGGCCAGUAAGUUCCACAACCUGAUCGGAGGGAUAGCAGCUUUUGCCAUUCUCGGCUACUACAACGGAUUCGUUCGUUAUUGCGAUAUCAUGCCCGAUUCUAUCCCCGGCCAACACGGGGAUGUGCAGGGUUAUCCACAGAAGCGGCUGGAAUUGCUGCUUGCACAGAUGAGAGAGCGGUUUCCCAAGAGUCAGCUUUGGCUACUCGAGGAGUCCAGGAUGAGUGGAGCCAACAAAAAUCUUGACAGGGCUCUGGACCUGCUGUGUGGGGAGGAACACAGCCCCCUGAAACAGGUUGAGGCAUUGAGGGUUUUCGAGCGGAGCUUGAACGCCAUGUAUCUGCACAAGUAUGAGCUGUGUGCAGAUUCCUUUCUUGAGUGUGUUGACCUGAACUCUUGGUCCCGCUCAUUGUAUUAUUACAUUGCUGGGUCGUGCCACCUGUCGUUAUACCGGGACGUGAAGGAGACAGACUCUGCGAAAGCCGUAGAGCAUGCCGAAUUGGCUGAGAAAUAUUUCCGAAUGGCCCCCACAGUAGCGGGAAAGAAGCGUUUCAUGGCACGACAACUGCCUUUCGAUGUAUUUGUGGCUCGCAAGUUUGCUAAAUGGGAGGCACGCGCCAAGGAGUGGAAGGUGCCUCUGGUCGAUGCGGUUGGCGUUGACCCGAUUGAGGAAAUGAUCUUCUUUUGGAACGGUCAUAGCCGUAUGACGGACGAGCAGCUGCAAGAGUCGUUGCAGAAACUGGCCUGGAGUGAGUCCAGCGCGAAUAAGACCUGGUCACGAGAGGGCCCAGAGGAGAAAGCGAUCUUGAAGUUGCUUCGAGCCGCUGUUCACCGCUCGCUGCGCAAACACGCGCAGGCGAAGGAAAUGCUCGAGGAUAUCCUUAGCCAGGACCGAGCAUUGUUCAAGGGCCACCUGAAGGACGAUUGGAUUUGUCCAGUGGCCCACUUCGAAAUGGCGGCGAAUCUCUGGAUGGAACGCCCAACAUACAUCGCCAACCACGGCGGGACGAGACAAGUCUCGGACAAAGAAUCUGCUGGGCCUGUCGACGCAAAUGAUGCGCUACAGUACGAGAGUGAAAAGGUACGGAAGUGCAAAGAGUAUCUGGAAAAGGCGGCAAAGUGGGAGAGCUAUGAGCUUGAUGCGCGUAUAGGUCUCAAGGUGACAGCUGCCAUGGAAGCAGUGCAAAGGUGGGAGAGCACACAUCCGACGGUCUAA